AUGGCAAAGCGCUGGUCUAGUCGUAAGGACUCCACCGCCUCGCUACCGGUGAUGCGGCAGUUCUCAGCGCGCAGGACCACACGUGGCCCGCCGGCCCCGCCGUUAUUACCGUUUAGGCCGUUGCUGCUACGGGUCCCUGGGUACGUUGUGACGCUGACUUCCACCACGGCCUCGAGCCAAAUAUUGAAAAUCUUUAAUGCAGAAGCAAAAGCAGCAACACAAACAGCAGCACGCCAGUGUCUUAGAAAGAGCACUUCCGGAAUUGUGAAUGACCCAGACAUUUCCUGGGCCUUUAUCUCUAUCCUUCGCCUUGGGCUCUCGCCCUCCACCUUCUCGCGGUGGGAGCUGAUCAUUGCUUUCCACCUAAUCCCCUAUCAACCCAGCGCAGCUUACAUUGAUCCGGGGAACGGUGAGGACGAAGCGGUUGCCCCCAAGCGACAUGGCUGCAAGUCAGGGCCAGGCGCCAAGCUAAAGGACGUCGGGUUCUGCUUGAGAAUCGUUAGUGCCUACAACACCCCCGAAACGCAUAAACUAUGUAUGGAACAUGAUCAAUACAAGCGCCGACAACGCGCGAAACCUGUCUUUCAACCUGUAUCAACACCAAAACAAUUCGUCUAUGAUCGGUACUCCGUCAUCACUCGAAACAACAAAGACGCCGUUCAAGCAAUCCGCAAGGCUAUACCCGACAUAUCAGACGCCGCCCUGCAGCAGGCUUUGAAAGAAUACCCAGACCUCGCUGAAGUCGAUGAGGAGCACUUGGCAUUCUGGCUCACAUCUGUGGAGUCGUUGUUCAAGCUUACAGCAGAUGACGUGCAGGCAAAUGUACGGCAGCACCCCUGGUUGCUCAUUUCCGACCUGCUCGUCAUCAAGUCACUGACCACCGCACUGACCCGGGUGCUGUCCGUGGCGGAGGCGCAGGUGGCCCGCAUGGUUCUGUCGUACCCUGACGUACUGGACUUGGAGCCUAUGGACCUUAUGGAGCACCUCAUGUACCUCUCCAGUACGAUGAACAUGUCGUACGAUACUGUCGUACAGCUGGUGCUGGGCUGUCCAGCCAUCGCGACGGCGCAGCCCCGGGAUCUCGUACGGUCGUGGGCGGAGGUGCGCUCCUGCUGCAGCCGCGGAGAGGUGAUGGCGGCUGCAGCGGCAACGACAGCGCGCAACGCGGGUUCAAAUCGCGGUGGGAGCGAGGGCGACAGUGAAGCUGGAGACGCUUUUGAGCUGGGAACAGAUGAGGAAUUUGACUGUGAUGCUGAGGUGGCGAGGGUGCUGGCAGCCCGGCCCGGAUUGCUGUCGACAUCCCCAUCGCCGCUGCUACGACCCAGGACGGCAAGGAGGAGGGCCCCGAAAGGGAGUGUGGGCAGCGACAGCGGGAGCAGCAGCAUUGAAAGUGCAAAUAGCAGCGGCGGCACGGCAGGGGGUGUCGUGAGAAUGUCCUGGCAUUACUCUGCUAAGCCAGCCUCAGACAAGGUGCACCGCAUGGUCGCCAACGUGUUCAUGCACAUGUGCCAAAAGCACCGAACGAAUUUUUGCAUCAACUACAUGGUCCCAAUACUCAGAAUAUGCGUGUCAUAUCAGCUGGGCAACAACCCUCCGUAACUCUACCGAGCGGUACUUCUGCCCGCACACGAAUAACAUGGCAUGUGCAUGACACGCAAGAUACGUAAAAGCUAUCCGUUGUUUCAAACCUGACUGGCAAACGUAGCUUCCCGUCGCGCUUGAGGACAGCAUCCACCCCAAGUGUUCCACCGUCCAGGACUGGACGCAUUGUACCUCCAGUUAUCGCUUCAAUGCAUGUCUGCUUCAUUCGUGCUGCGCCUUCCCACAGGCCAGAAAAUACAAUCCGGCUUCCCUCUCCUUUCCAUGGCCUUGUGAAAAGGUUGGGUGCCUGCUUGCCCGGUUUCCUGGGAACCUGGGAACCUGGGAGACUGGGAACCUGGGUGCCGUGUUCGCGCCUGAUUGCCUCCUUGUUUCCUUCCCUUUUACUUGUUGCCA